AUGGAGAGGAAGCCGGGCGGCGAGGAUGACUGCGUGGACUCGGGAGCCGAGACAGGAGGAUCUGAGUACAGCCGCAUGUCCUCUACAAGCAGUGAACUUUCUGUUGAAGACAAUCAGGACCCUUUCCUUGUUAGUAUACAUAUUAUCGCAGACCCUGGUGAAUCCAAAGUUCUCCAGCAAGCCAUUGAUAAACUGUUAGCAUGGAUCCAUCCAGACCUCCAGUUGUUCCGAGUCUCAGAAAGACGGGUCUCAAGGAAGCACAGGAGGUCUGGUAAGACUGCUGUUUCUCAGCCAGCCCUUGCAGUCAUUCUGUUUCUGCAGGAGGAAUAUGGAGAAGAACCAAUCUUACAGCUCCAUGAAACCUUUCAGAGACCACCUUGGCAGUACCACCAUACAGAACGAGUGCAAGGCAAGUUCCUCCCUUACAUGCCAUGCAGUCAGGACUUCUUCACUUUGGCCCAUGGGACCCCUUUAUGGGCCAUCCGCCCAGUGCAUUAUGGGAGAGAAAUUAUCCGCUUUGCCAUAUACUGCAGGAAUGAAAACUUUAUUGACAUUAUGAAAUUGUACCAGUUAAUCCUGAAAAGACCGGUGUGUCAGAAAAAGGCGGACUUUUGUGUCUUUCCUGUCUAUUCUAACAUGGAUAUAGACAUUCAGUUCUCUUUAAAAAGACUCCCUAAGGGCCAGAUUCCAACCCCUACAGAGUCAGCGGUGCUGGAAUUCCGAGUAGAAGAUGUUGGACAGCUUGUUCCUCUCUUGCCCAAUCCUUGUAGCCCAAUCAGUGAAGGCAGGUGGCAAACAGAAGACCAUGAUGGGAAUAAGAUCCUCUUGCAGGUGGAAAUUUCCUUUCUUCGGUCAACAAGCAAAAAGUUAACUAGCAGCCCUGGAUUCUUCUCAUCAGAUCAGGCACGUAUUUGGUAUAGGAAGUCUGCUAAGCAGAACAAGCUUCAUUUCCCAUCUUCAAGGGAUUCCCGUUUCACUCCUUCACCAAGCUACAUUCCUCACAGUCACAGACCUGCCCCUAAUCAAACUAGUGAGCAUCUGAACUCAGCUGGUCAAAUCAAGCUGCAUCGGGCAAAUGGCCUUGGUCAGUACCUUGGCAUCUCCCAGCAGGACUUGAGAAAUGGUGACCGAGGAGACUUCACCCGAAGAUCCAGUAGUGCCUCCAGCAUUUCAUGGUCAUUUCAGCGAAGCAAGUCUCUGUUCUGCUUGCCUACAACAAGCUCCACUCCGGCCUCUGACUCCUUUAACUUUAGUGAACUGUUUCAGAAUUUAAAUACUGGGUCACCUGUGAACAGGUUAAAAACAUGGAGAUGCAGCCCCAAGCUUAACAUUGAGGACUUGGAGGGUUCACAGGAGACUGAUGUCGACACAGGGAUGAAGCUGUCCUUCUCAGAUCUGUCUGUGGUCUCAGCCUACUCUACCUUUAAUGGAUUUUGCAGUGAUUUGGAAGCUACUCUUCCCUCACAAAGGCAAAGUGUCAGUAUAUCUAAACAGGCUGUCUCCAGGGGAAGGCCGUUGUCAGCCAUGUGCAGUACCCUUGAGCUCCCUAGUGGUUCACUUCCAUCUCUCUCCGAGUGGUCUUCCAGCUCUUUCUUGUCAUCUUCCGCAUCCCCCUUAGCAUCUCACUGCCAACUCAGACAGUCACCAAGAGCAACCCCUUGUUCUCUGAAUGAUAGGAAAACAACUGGCAGCAUUCAUCCAGGCUCUCCAACCAACGAGGAGGAAUUCUACAUCUGAGCUUUCUCCAUGCUGAACCUUUUAAUGUAAAUUUGUGCGUAUGUGAAUUACAGCAGUGCAUUUCCACCAUCUGAGCCAUCUGGGCUGGCAAGUUCCUUGCUCCUUCCUGAGGGGAGGGUGUUACAUCACUAAAUGU